AUGCCCAAAUCAAAGCGACCACCGACUUCGGGUUACGCCCGAAUAGCCCAAGCCGAGGAAGAAGAAGAAGACUCUGGCAGCGACUUUGAAGGUGACCACCACCAGAAUCCCCUAUCCGACGCGCAAUAUGCCCCAAUUCAACCACAGCGGAGUUCGAAUAUGCGCAUGAACGGCUCGGGCGCGAACUCACCAAAUCACAAGAAGAGUUCAUCCGGACGACGGCAACGCGCCAAUUCGGGCGUUGACAUCAAGGCCAUCAAUGCGCGAUUCGAGCGAUGGGCCGACGAGAUUGCGCAGAAAUUCAAGAUCAAGAAGCAGAAAGAUUCGGCAGAAGAUGAGACGCUUGAGAUCCACCACUCCGUCUUCCAAGCGCCCGACUGGGUGCGACCGGCAACGGCCGAGUCGCUCACAUUCGAUUACGACGUUCCAUCGGAUCGCCUGACGAAGCUCGAAUUCGACGACAUAGUGGAAAGCGUUUUAACGGCAAUCGAGAUGGACGUACACCCCAAGUUGAUUACACAAGGCAGUUCGGGCAGCUACUUCGCUCGCACCACGCAGGGCAAGGUGGUGGGCGUCUUCAAGCCCAAAGACGAAGAGCCCUACGCGUCAAGAAAUCCCAAAUGGACCAAGUGGAUACAUCGCAAUCUGUUUCCCUUCUUCUUUGGUCGCGCCUGCCUCAUUCCCAACCUCUCAUACAUCUCCGAAGCCGCCGCCUACGUCCUCGACACCCAACUACGCACCAACCUCGUACCCUACACCGAUGUCGUAGGUCUUUCCUCCAAAUCCUUCCACUACGACUUCUGGGAUAGGCGGGCGUACUACAGGAAAGGGAAGCCAUUCCCGGAGAAGCUUGGGAGUUUCCAGGUGUUUCUGAAGGGCUUCAAGGAUGCGAACAUCUUCUUGAAGGAGAACCCAUGGCCAGAUCAGUACACCACAGGGUACAACGCGGUCAGAUCGGCACAGAAGAAGAAGAAGCGAAGAUGGGCUGAGGACUGCAGACCGAAUGGCUCACAAUCAGACGGCGAGGAUGACGACGGAGAAACCGGAAAUGGGGCCUCGCAACACCAACGGAGGGGCUUCUGGACGCCUGCCAUCCAACAGUCAUUCAGGGAGCAACUGGAGAAACUGGUCAUUCUUGACUACAUCAUGCGAAACACUGACAGAGGCCUGGACAACUGGAUGAUCAAAAUCGACCAGAAGACGCAGCGGGCCACUAUCGUAGCAGAGCCACCCAAGAUGGACGGCGAUGUGGACAAUACUGACCACCAACCGAGCGACUACACAAGGCAGUCGAUGGAGCAGUCCGGACUGGACCCGUACGGACGGAGGGAACCUAUGACCACGACUAGUCGAUCAAAUACGCCCAUGCAGAGCGGGCCAACGCCUACAGUGACCAUUGGUGCCAUUGACAACAGUUUGUCGUGGCCCUGGAAACACCCAGACGCUUGGCGCAGCUAUCCUUUUGGUUGGCUCUUUCUACCCGUCUCGCUCAUCGGCCAGCCCUUCUCCGAAGCCACCCGCCGCCACUUCCUUCCUCUUCUCACGUCGAAACAAUGGUGGAGCGACACGCAAUCAGCACUCCGCAAGUGCUUCUCACAAGAUGCCGACUUCAAGGAGCGUAUGUACGCCAAACAGAUCGCGGUCAUGAAAGGACAAGCAUGGAAUGUGGUGGAAACACUCAAGACACCUGAUCUCGGACCGCUUGAGCUUACAAGAAGGGCGCGUGUAUGCGUAUGGGACGACAUUGUUGAGAUACCCAUCGCUGUGCCGUUGAGGGCUCCGUCUGCUGAGAUGCGGAGAAAACAGCCUCCAGGCAGACAGCCAAGGCUAGAGGAAGAGCAUGAAGAGAUGGACAUAACAGCAGUCUCAACACCGCCGCAGAAGCCUCAAAAAGACCUACUUACGAACUCGCCGCCUCUGGAGACAGCACACGAGAACCGCUUCAAUCUUACGCGCGGCUCCUCUUCCCUCGACGCACGACGUCCUGAUCAAGGCCCCGAAUCACCAGCAACCGUUAGCGACGUAUACUGGGGGUCGCGGAACCUGAACCCUCACUCCAAUGGCCGGCCUGCACACCAGUCGCGAAUGAGCUAUGACGCGCCUCGCCGAAAUACACGCGACUCACGACACCACAGACGAUUCUCAUUGACGCAUAGAAGAGACCUUGAUGACUAUGGUUUUGACGACGAUGGCGAUCUAGGAUAUGCCGCCAACGAGGAUAUGGAAGGAAAUAGGAAGAAGGUCAUUGUAGAACGGUUGGAGAUGGUCAAGGGUAGGAAUCCGGUGUUUACUUGGUGUUGA